AUGUCCCACAGGAAACUUAGGUUUCCCACUGUCACUCUAUGCAGGAGUAGACUAAGCUGUGUGUGGCUGCUAUGGCUCCUGAUUGCAAGGUUCCGCACAGAGACAGUAAAUUACCACGUCUACGAGGAAGAGACCCCAGGGACAGUCAUCGGUGUCCUCUCUGAACACACUAUGCUUGAUUCAGCCAGUAAGAUUCCUAGAAAUUUCCGCCUGAUGAAGCAGUUCAACAGCUCUCUGAUCCGGGUGAAUGAGGCUGACGGACAGCUUACCGUCGGGGAGAGCGGUAUCGACCGAGAGCGGCUAUGCCAGCAGUCCCUGCAAUGCACUCUGGCUUUCGACGUGGUCAGUUUCUCCCAGUUAAUACAUGUCGAAGUGGAGGUGAGAGACAUCAAUGACCACUCCCCACGCUUUCCAGCCUCCGAGAUCUUUGUGGAGGUGUCCGAGAGCGUGGCUGUGGGCACCCACAUCUCCUUGGCAGUGGCCGUGGACGAGGACGUGGGUUACAACGCCCUCCAGAGCCUGCGUCUGGUUGAGCCACACAGCUCCUUUCGCGUGGAGCUGCAGACUCGAGCUGAUGGCACCAAAUGCGCUGACCUGGUGCUUUUGCAGGAGCUGGACCGUGAGAGUCAGGCUGCUUACAGCCUAGAGGUGGUGGCCCAGGACGGUGGAAGCCCCCCGCGCUCCACCACAGCCACCCUCAACGUUCGGGUUCUGGAUGCCAAUGACCACAGCCCAGCCUUCCCACAGGGCGCUGUCACCGAGGUGGAGCUGGAGGAGGACACUCCCGAGGGCUCCCUGCUACUCGAUCUGGACGCCACCGACCCAGACGAGGGCCCCAACGGUGAUGUAAUGUUCUCCUUCGGUGGCCGAACCUCCCCUGAGGCGCAGCUCCUUUUCCGCUUGGACCCGCUGUCAGGCCGCCUGACUCUGGCUGGGCCCGUGGAUUAUGAACAGAAGGACACCUACGAGCUGGACGUGAGGGCUCAGGACCAAGGCCCAGGGCCGCGUGUGUCCACUUGCAAGGUCAUCGUGCGCAUCCUCGACGUCAAUGACAACGCGCCGGAUAUAAUCAUCACUCCACUGGCAGUGGCCACCACCACCGCCUCCGACCACUCCAGCUUCUUCGCCUCUUCAGGGCCGGGAGGCCCGCAGCCUGGGGUGUCUUCUCUCAUCCGGGAGGGGGUGGCUCAAGGGAGCCUCGUGGCCCUGGUCAGCACCUCGGACAGGGAUUCCGGCUCCAAUGGACAGGUGCGUUGCGCCCUCUAUGGACACCAGCACUUUCGACUGCAGCCGGCCUACGCGGGCAGCUACCUAGUGGUGACAGCGGCUCCCCUGGAUCGCGAGCGCAUCUCAGAGUACAACCUGACCGUGGUGGCUGAGGACCGCGGAUCCCCUCCGCUGCGCACUGUGAAGCCCUACACCGUGCGCGUGGGAGACGAGAACGACAACGCUCCGCUCUUUGCGCGUCCCGUCUACGAAGUGUCAGUGACGGAGAACAACCCUCCGGGAGCCUACCUUACCACAGUGGUUGCUCGAGACCCAGACUUGGGCCGUAACGGCAGGGUGACCUAUCGGCUGUUAGAGGCCGAAGUGGGUUGGGGCGUGGGCCUGGUAUCCACCUACGUUUCUGUGGACCCGCGCACUGGGGUACUAAGGGCUCGGAGGAGCUUUGACCGCGAGGAGCUGGCCGGACUGGAGGUGGGGCUGGAGGCGCACGACGGUGGCUCUCCGCCCCAGUGGGGCCGGACCGUGGUGCGGCUGGUGGUGGAGGACCAGAACGACCACGCGCCCGAAGUGACUUCCCCACUGCUUUCCAAUGGCUCAGCUCGCGUGCCGCUGCCCCACGGGGCGCCCCCGGGCUUCCUGGUCACCCAGGUGUGGGCCCAUGACGAAGACGAGGGUCCCAAUGCCGAGCUGACUUACAUCCUCACCCACAGUGACGGCGGCCCCGGGGCGCUGGCGCUGCACCCGCACACGGGCGAGCUGUCGCUGCAGCAGCGGCUGUCGCCUUGGCCCACCGACCUUCUCACCUUGGUGGUCACAGUGCGGGACGGCGGGCGGCCGUCCCUCUCCUGCACCGCCACCCUGUCCUUGGUCCCCGCGCCUGCCUCUCCCCCUGGCGGAAAUGUGGUGUUGGUGCCACCUCCACCCCUGCCACCGCCUUCAAGAGAGGAGCUGACUGGGGCGCAGCAGGGGCGGCUGCAGAGGGGUUUCGAGUGGAGUCCUGACCUCUCCACUAUCUGCAUUGGGGCGCUGGCCGGUGGAUGCGGGCUGCUGCUCGUGGCCAUCGUCACCGUGGCCUCCUCGUGCCGGGGUAGGGGCCUGGUCGGGAGGAAGGCGUUUUUCAAGGGCAGCACGAGAUCAGGACUGGCCAGCUCAGACAGCCAGACAUUUGGCAGCCAGGGGUCUCCUGGAGGGUCGGAUAGUAAUGACUUUGAGAGCCUCGAAGAGUCUUACCAUCUUUCUGUCACAGAUGAAGUCGAGAAAGAGGAGGAGGAAGAGGAGACUUUCAGCACACUUCGUUCGAGGGACUGUGGGGUUUCCCUUUCUCCCUCAUCUCCAGAGAGGAAUAAGACUCCCAAGUCCCAGGGUUCAAUCUCAGCUCCUUUUCAUUCCACAUCUCUGUGGCAAGAGGAUAAAUCUGCUUCAAGUUUAGGUACCCAUUCAAGACCAGAUGAAUCCAGUGUGAAGGACAGUGGGAAAGGAGACAGUGAAUGUAAUGACAGUGAUUCUGAUAUUAGUGGAGAAGGGGUCAAGAAAAUAUCUUUUCAGAUAACUGAAAAGCAAGCUGGUGUUCUGGGAAGUAUGGCAAGAAGAACUUUUAAGGAUCCUGAAAGAUCAUUUUUAAUGUGGGAGUCCCAAGCAAGCAAGAAUCUUUCAUCACACUAUGACAAGGCCUAUAGGAUUGCAUUUUCUUCAGGUGUCAUCCAUCAGCAUCUUUCUCAGCUGAGAAAUACUAAUUUUCAUACAGAAGACUCUAAGCUAAAAGAGUAUUAUUAUCAAGGUAGUGCCCCCCAGAGUGAAAGUCUGCCAAAUGUGUAUGAAAGAACCCCGAACAGUGGGACAAUGAUGCCACCUUCUACUCCGUUAAGACAGUAUAAUGGAUUAAAUCAUCCCCCAGAGAACACUUUAACUUUGCACACCUCUGAAAUAAGCACAUCAUUCUGAAAUGCCAAAGAAUGUAGGGGGAAAAACCAUGGAAAUACAUAUAUUUCUGUGUUUGUGAUAGUUUCUUUAAGACAAGUGGUAGAAUAAACCUUUGAUUUUUCUGAAGGUUUCUUUAAGCUAUGAAAACAUCAAUGCUGGGGAUACAUUAUAGGACCCAACUAUUUUACCAAAGAUUCUUAUUGAGAGUAACAUUAGAAUAAAUAGUAUUUGUUGUUACAGAUGUAAAAAUUGCAAGAUGUAUUUUAUAUAUUGACACAAUUUAUAGAUGUAAAUGAAAAGAGUAGUUCUCAAUGUUUAUUUGUACUUCAAGGUGUAUGUGAUUCAAUUAUUAAGCUAACUCAGCUUCAAAAUAAUGUAAAACUGGGAAGAGUUCUCAGGAACUACUUGGUUCUCCCCUUCAAGGUAGCUUGAGAGGACCCAGAGCCACUUCUGUGGUUUAAACUUGUAGGCACAUUUUAAUGCUUGGCAACAUUGACUGGUUUGAAUAUUAAGACAGAGAUCGUCCUCUGCCCAUAGCUUUCUCUUCUUCUUCUAGUUAGCAACAAUUAAUUCAGCCAUCCCCAGUGAUAUCCACAUGGUUUUGUAUAUUGCAUGUUACACAGCUAUGUGUAAUUUCUAUAUAGAAGUUGUAUGGUAUAAUUCCUCAGAGAUUUACUUCUCAAGCAAUAUAGCUUCUUAAAGUUAAAAGAAGAUACCCAAUAAUCUAAUAUUGUCCUUAGGCCUGAAAAGCUUCCAAUAGGUUGUCAAUCUUAACCUCUACCACUUUAAAUCCAAAAUCGAAGUAAUUGUAAUUUCAAUUUAAAUUACCAAAAAAAAAUAUCUACUCAUCUUUAUUCCUAUAGCUUAUCAAGAAAUGUUCCUGUAUUCAUCAAAGUCAGUCCUUGGUGGUAAAUUGGUAAAUUCAUUUAAGUCUGUCCAAUGGCUUAUAUGUCCUUUUUAAUACUUCAGUAAUUAUUCUCUUCUUGUUGUUCAGUCUUGUCUGACUUUUUGUGACCACAA